CCAUAUGGGCUUCCAGUUUAGCUAGAGAUUUUAAGCUAGCGGCGCAAAAUGACAGGUGACUGCUUUCAGUUGUAACUGACUUGUUGGUAGACUUUUAUAAAGCGUGUAUUAAACGUGAUUAUUCACUGACCUCGCUAAAUGUUAUUUUAUGGUUCUGAUAAACCACCGAUAUGUGAAUGUAAAGCAUUUGAGAAUGGUUAUUAAGUUAAACUGGUAUCGUUAACGCAACUGUUGUGAUUCAGUGCGAGUACCUGUGCUGCAAUUCCUCAACCUGUACGAGUGUCCAGUGAAAAGACACAUUGACACGGACAGCUCCCAGUUACGACACGGUAGCUGGAUUUUAACACACCCGUUGUCUGUAAAAUACAGAUGUCUUUUACAUAUUAGUUUUUUAAACCAAUAUUUAGUCAAACAAAAGUUAUUGCAAGAAUAAAAGUCAAUAAGCUGCUGUGGGAGUGAACACGUGAACGCAUCACUGCGACGUUCAAAGAAAAGUCCAUACAGUGUAGAUUUCCCAAUAAAUCACCAUUAUAACGCAGCACUCCUACUGUUUGUAGCUGGUUUACCCUAAAGAAAAACAACCAUCUCAUAAUUAGACUGUUUGAAUAGAAAUUAUUGUACAAUGCAUUGUUAAUAUAUUAUAAGUGAAUUAAAUGGUAAUUAAAAAUAUAAAUGUAAUAAUACAUGUUUAGUAAAAUAUUUGUUUAACUGAUACCUCACCAAACCUGUUUUACUUAGUAUCUUACAUAAGUACAUAAGUAACUUAGUAUAAUACAUAAGUAUUUGUGGUGUUUAGGCAGACUUUGCUUUGUAGUCUUAUUUAGCAACGCUGUACAGAUGGUGACAGUUGGAUUACAGCAUUUUUUUUUCUAUUUGCCUCUUAAAAGUGAUCAAGGCAAAUUGCAUAAGCAUGCUUUAAGCCGGUCUGAUGUUUCCCGUGAACCUCACAAUACUGCAGUCACAUCAGAAACAUUCUCUGUUGCUUCAUGUUUUCCACUGCGUGUACAGACAAGUCAAUAAGCCAGUGCCUGGCGGAGCUUGUGAAGGAGAGACUGUUUCCAGGAAUGCAUCCGGAACCGGAUGUCUGGAUGUUGUUUGUCGUAAUCGUUGUUUAGAGAAAGUGGAAAGGCAUGGCCCUGGAAGAAUCUCCCUUUCCUAAUGGGUUUGUUGCAGGUAUCCAUGCUGUGGGAUGGACACUCAUCCUGCCUUGUUUCUGGUGUCUUGAUUGCGUCAUUGCUGUAUGCAAGUCCACCACCCAGGAGCAACUCCAGCGAGAAGAACAGGAAUGCUACUUUCAUCCCCUCAAGGUCUUCUUUGGCUCCAUUCUCUUCUUCAUUCUUUUUCUUAUCACAGCCCCCUUGGCUUUCCUGGGCUUUAUGCUCUGGGCACCCCUUCAGGCAUGCCGCAGGCCAUUUUACUACCACAGAGAACCACCAUCCUCACCAGAAAUAGAGAUUCACAAAGGCUUUGAGCUCGCAGGAAAGGCAUCAUUUGGUUUUGCCACAGCCAACCUGUGUUUGUUACCUGAAAGUCUGGCUCGAUUUAACAACCUGGGCCACACUCAGCACAGGGCAUCUGCCAUCGGUGAGCGGAUUGUACAGGGUGUGUGUCGACCCCAUAUCAGGAUCUUGAUUGACUCCCCCAGCAGCUGUGGCACUCUCAGCCCCUCAAACAGCAUUCUCCCCACAGCCAGCUCAAAUACAUAUGGGGCUACAGGACAGUCACAACCACCAGUAAACCACCAUGUCGAAUCAACCCAAAGACAGUUUAGAGUGGUUCGUGUGCCUUGUGAUGACACAGAAGAGCCAUCAUCUGAGUCAUCUUCUCCAUGCCUCAAUUCCAAUCAGAAUUCCAACCAGCAGGGCCGAUCGAGCCACCGGCGUGCUCCCCGCGCUUUGCUCUCUCAGGGUCUCCGCCAGCAAGGUGAUGUACCGUGGGAGGUGUCGUCUUUGUUUCCAGCUGAUGUUGAUAUACUGUGCCUGGAAGAGGUGUUUGAUAAGAGAGCUGCUCAGAAGCUCACCAAUAUAUUAAAGCCAGUGUUUGGACACAUACUGUAUGACGUUGGCGUAUAUGCCUGCCAGCCACCCUGCAGAUGUACCUCUUUUAAGUUCUUCAACAGUGGCCUGUUCCUUGCCAGCAGAUUCCCUGUGCUGGAGGUUCAGUACAAGUGCUUUCCAAACAGUCGUGGGGAAGAUGCGCUGGCUGCCAAGGGCCUCCUCUCUGCUAAGGUGUUAAUCGGGCAGAAUAAAAAACAGAAGAAAGUGGUCGGCUAUUUUAACUGCACACAUCUUCACGCACCAGAGGGUGAAGGGGAUAUUCGCUGUGAGCAGUUGAACAUGGUUACCAAGUGGAUUGUUGAUUUUCAGACUGCCUACAAACAGCCAGAGGAGGAAGUUGUUUUUGAUGUGCUCUGUGGUGAUUUCAACUUUGAUAACUGCUCACCUGAUGACCAUCUGGAACAGAAUCACCAUAUUUUUGAAGAUUAUAAAGACCCUUGCAGAGCUGGACCUGGAAAGGAAAAGCCUUGGGUCAUUGGUACUCUCCUGGAGCAGCCAACUCUAUAUGAAGAUGAGGUAAACUCCCCAGAUAGUCUACAAAGAACUUUGGAAAGAGAUGAUCUGAGGAGGUAUUAUAUCUCCCCUCCUGUUCCUGCAGCAAGCUCUCCCCUAGUUUAUCCAGAGACUGGCCAGCCUUGGAUUGGACGUAGAAUUGACUACAUCCUCUACCGAGAAAACUCCAUUUCAAAGCAGUGCCGAACAGAAAUUGAAGAGGUGACCUUUAUAACCCACCUGGCAGGCCUCACGGAUCAUAUUCCUGUGGGCUUGAGACUGAAUGUCGUUAUGGAAUCUGACUGUGACGAUGAAUGAAAAUCUUCAAACAAUGGGAGCAAAACAUACAAAAAUGUACACAGCAUUCCUUUAUACAGGGAAAACUAUGUUUUGAUAACAUGGCUGAAUUUGUAAACUGAGUAAAUAUGUGUUGGCAAAUAAGAUUGUACCACAAAUUAAUUUUAUUUUUAUGGAUUUAUUGAGGUUUUUUUAAUGCACACAUUUUAUAUAAAUGUAAGUGUUGUACAGGCCAGAUGUGUUAGUUUUUGUAAAACAGUAUGUUUUUAGAAUUUUCCACAGAAUUUUUUCCUACAGAAUAAAAGCAGACUUAAUUUUA